AGCACACGCAACUUUGCAACACACACACCAAAACUCAUUACUACAAUCAUGGCCUGCAUUGCCUCCUCCUUCACCGGCUCCGUCGCGGCCCUCAAGGCGACCAAGAUCCAGGCCAAGUCUGUUUCCAAGGUCAUCAAGGCCGACAUCUACCCCGAGUUCGGCACCUACCCCGGCGGCGGCGAGUCCCCCAUCAUCCCCUUCGGCUCCGAGAAGAACGCCGAGCGUGAGGUCAUCCACGGCCGCUGGGCGAUGCUCGGCGUGACCGGUGCCUGGGCCGCCGAGAACGGCACCGGCAUCCCCUGGUUCACCGCCGGUACCCUCUGCACCCCCGACGACUGCACCGCCGUCGCGGACAAGUUCCCCGGCGCCGUCGCUCCCCUCGCCCCCGAGGGCUCCGGCUACCCCUCCUUCUGGGCCGUCCUCGCCAUCGAGGUCGUCCUCGUCGGCCUCGCUGAGGCUUACCGCACCGGCCUCUCCGACCCCGUCUUCGACGAGCUCACCGUCGGUGACGUGUCCCCCGGUGGCCGCUUCGACCCCCUCGGCCUCGCCGAGUCCGGUGACCUCGAGGAGCUCAAGAUCAAGGAGCUCAAGCACUGCCGCCUCUCCAUGUUCGCGUGGCUCGGCUGCAUCAUGCAGGGUCUCGCCACCCAGGAGGGCCCCAUCGCCAACUGGCAGGCGCACGUCGCGGACCCCGUCCACGCCAACGUGCUCACCAACGCCGCCUCCGGCUUCGGCUUCUACUAAGCGGUGUGCCCAAGUUGCCACCCUUUGUCUCCGAAAAUGUUGUAAACCAGUGAACUACGUGUAAGGGAAUAACAACCCAACCAAGUUCCUCCGACUUUUAAGUUAAGCCGCCGAAACAAGUUGUACCAUGAUCCUAUUCACGUAGGGCGCUCCGGCAAUGUAAUGAAAAUGUAAACGUUGCAUUCAACCUAUC